GAAAGUGGCUGAGUUGGGGAUGGACACUGACGUUAGCCUUGAGAAUAGGCUCCUCUUUUAUGAAGUCCUUUCCAGAUUAAGAAAUUGUAGAGAGAUAAAAGAAAGGCCGAAGAUGCCACGGGUGAACCCCACUACUCACCGCACUCUUCACAAGAUCUUCUGUGCUCCACUCUUCUCUCUACUCCCACUCUUCUUCCUGCUCCCAAAAUCCUUUUUUUCCCUUUAUAAAUAAGCGGAGACGUGUUAGCCUCAGUUACCCCCCCUCUCUCUCUGUCUCUGUCUUCCCUUUUUCUCAUUUCCUCCGUCUCCGACCACAAGCAAAGGAGAAGCAGAGGUUAGAAUACAGGAUCUGGUCUAAUAAUGGAGUUAUAUGUUGAUGAAAAGUGGAAACUUUCUAAGAAGGAGAGCAGAAAUAGUGCUAGCCGUAGGGAAGUCGCCACCGGCGGCGAUAGCGCGUAUCUCAAGAGAUCAUCAAGCUUGCCGGCGGUGAGAGCGAGCGGCGGCGGAAACGGUGCUCGUUCCCGUUCAUUUACCGGCCGGUGCGCUCACCUUGUCAAGGAGCAAAGAGCACGUUUUUAUAUCAUGAGGCGGUGCGUUACCAUGCUUAUAUGUUGGCGUGACUACUCCUGAGAGAUCCGAGACACCGCCGGAGACCUCAUGAUCUCCGGCUUCUGCCGCCAAGCUUUUCUCUUCUAGGUACGAUGCCGAUCGAGCUACAAGAAGCCAUGCAUACAUAAAGUUUGUACUUUGAAGAAUGCUUUACAGAAAGGAGACAAUUAGACGGGUUCAUUUGUAAAUAGUUUUUUUUUUUUUGGUGAUUUUGGUUAUGUUUUUGCCCUCUGUUUUGUUUUGGAAGCAAGUUUUGUAUCUCCGGCGAUGGAGUUUGGGGGCUGAUCUGCAAACGCUAGUUUUGAAGUAGUAGAUUUAAAAAAGGAGAGCGGUAUAUUGCUCUUCAGAGAUCUGCGGUGCAUCGAUUUGUAAAAUUUUCUUGGAUUCUUUGCCUUUUUUCUUA